UGUGGGAGACCGGUGACGGGGAGAACACAUGCUGGGAGUGGGGACCUGCCAAGUGACGCUCUGUUACUACACGCUGACAUUUGUCUCCACCUCCUGCUUUUGCCAGAGUUAUAAAUGAAGCUCACGCACAGCGAGAAGACAAUCCUGCACAGGGACACCCACGCAGAUGCAGUUCAAGAGUUAGCAGAAGCUCUGAAGUUCUGACACGAGACCACUGGAAGACAAUUCUCAAGCAAUUCUUGGACGUCUCAAGCAAGAAAAAGCUGAACCUUUAGGCACAAAAUGCUGAGAGCUGGAGUUCUCGUCUUGAGCUUCUGCUUCAUCCUGGGAGAAGGGUUCUCAAUAGGCAAGAAGCAGUAUCAGAUUCAGAACGGACCAUGCAGCUACACCUUUCUUCUGCCGGAGCCAGAGAACUGUCCACCCAGCAGCUACAGCAACCUGGCGCAGAGGGACGACCCAGCUGAUUACGAGCAGUCGGUCCAGAGGCUGGAGCAGCUCGAGAGCAUCAUGGAGAACAACACACAAUGGCUGCUCAAGCUGGAGAACUACAUCCAGGAGAACCUGAGACAAGACAUGGCCCAAAUUCAGCAUGACGCUGUGCACAAUCACACAGCUACCAUGAUUGAGAUCGGCACCAGCUUCCUGACUCAGACGGCAGAACAUGCACGAAAGCUUACUAGCGUCGAAGUGCAGGUUAUAAACCAAACAACUCGGCUCGAACGUCAGCUCCUUGAGAAUUCGAUCUCCACGUACAAACUGGAAAAAGAGAUUCUCUUGCAGACCAAUCAAAUAGACAAGCUGAAUGAAAAAAAUAGCUUCCUGGAGAAGCGCAUAGAGGAGAUGGAGACGCAGAGGCAGGCAGAGUUAUCGAGCCUCCAGGAGGAGAAAGAGCAGCUUAAGCUGCUGGUGGAAAAGCAGACCAACGUCAUCAAGGAGCUCGAGCAACAACUGCUGAGCGCUUCGGCCAUGCAGCAGGAGCAGCAGCAGCUGAUAGAGAGGGUCAACAGCUUCAUCCACACCAUGUCUGUUCCCACCCCUGGCAAACUGGCCAUGAUGCAGGACACUCCGUUACAGUACAGAGACUGUGCUGCAGUCUUCAAGUCGGGAAACAAAGAAAGUGGCGUCUACACACUAACCAUCCCUGAUACAAAGGAGCAAAUAAAGGCAUACUGUGACAUGGAAAUAGAGGGAGGUGGAUGGACAAUAGUGCAGAAGCGAUUCAAUGGCCUUGUUGACUUUCAUCGGACGUGGAAAGAGUACAAAAUGGGAUUUGGAGAUCCUUCAUCCGAACACUGGCUGGGGAAUGAGUAUGUCUCCAAGUUGACCAAUGAACAUCAAUACACUCUCCGAAUAGAGCUUAUGGACUGGGAGGGGAAUGCAGCCUUCUCUCAGUACGACCAGUUUUCCCUCAGCAACGAAGAGCAAAACUACAGGAUACACCUUAAAGGCUACAGUGGAACAGCAGGCAAAAUCAGUAGCCUUGCCCAGCCAGGAAGUGAUUUUAGCACAAAGGAUGCAGACAACGACAAAUGUGUUUGCAAGUGCUCACAACUGACCACAGGAGGCUGGUGGUUCGACGCCUGUGGCCCUUCCAAUCUCAACGGCGUAUACUAUCAGCAAGGGCAGAACACCAAUCGCUUCAAUGGUAUUAAAUGGUACUACUGGAAAGGCUCGGGAUAUUCACUCAAAGCGACUACUAUAAUGAUAAGACCAGCAGACUUCUGAUCAACAAAUGGAGAGUCAGUGAGGCAAAAAAGCUUUCACACCCAAUAACGGAACCAUAUGUUUGGAGGAUGAAACGCUUGACAUUUAUCAAGCUGUUCAGCGACGAAAGCCUUUUGUUUAGAGAUGAAACCACUUGAAAGAACAAGCAGAUUUAAAUUAAGUAUUAAAUCGGUAGGAGCAUGUGUGAAACGUAAAAAUUUAACUAUUAGGGCUCAGCACAGGGGCAAGUACCAUUAAAAAGAAGUGUCACGGGCCACUUAGCUGCUUUAAAAUGGACAUGCGCUUAUGGACUGAAUGCUUGAUAGGGUUUCCAUUAUUCCUCAUGCAAAAAACGUAAGGCAGACAAAAGUAAAUUUUCUAGAGUAUCUAUAUAUUUAUGAGCAUACUGUAAAUACCACACAGUUACUUAUUAUGAGGAUGUUUGAUAGUGACAAUGCAACUAUGGUACAAAAGCAGCAAAUGAUGCAUAAGUGUCCUUGACAUCAGUAUGGAUGUGUAUUAUAGAAACAAAGCAAAACUGAGAUGUUCUUUUGUUUACAGCUUUUGUUUUGCAUCUGAAGUCAAUUCAGUUUUUCUUUUUAAUCAGAAUAUGUUUAGAACUUUUCUAGGAAAAUGUCUAAAAACAUUUUCAAUGGAGCUUAAAUACAAAACUAUAGCAUACAGAACAGGAUUUGCACGAUUGUCAAGGACGAACUUAAUUAGAGUCUUUUUUGGGCUCACUGAACUUGCACAGGAUAAAAAGGGUAGUACCAAUUUUUAAUGUAGAAAAAGGGUAUGGAUAUAGAAUAUGGAUGUAAAAAUGGAUAGGUUUUCUGAAAACAGCAGUGGUGAAUGAGCCGUGUGUCGACAAAUGUCUCAAAUUCUCUAAAGGUAUAAAAGUAGCAAAUGCAAAUCUGUUUAAAAAUAAAUUACAAAAAUAGGACAGUCCAAAGAAGCCAUUAGAUUUAGUGCACAAAUGUCUCUGACUGAGAGUAGAAAGUUGUAUUUUUGCAACUAAAUGAUUAAAUAAUUACAGUUAGAGCUUCAGAACUCUGCUUAGUAAAGUACCAUUUGCUGGCUUCGUGGGUUGUGCUGGCAAUCUCGGUCUUGCUGAGGCCUAAUCGCUGACAUUUGGUAGCAUCUGGGUCGCUAAAAAUAUUUUUUUUCAGCUUGACUAAAUUUUU